GGUAAAUCCCGGAAGUGACGUAGAAGGAAGCAGGAAGUUCUGCGGUGCCAGAGUUGGUAAUGAUGGCGGUGGUGUGCAGCCCUGUUCUCCUGCUCCUCCAGGCUCUGCUCCUGGGGUUCCUGUCCCAUAGGGCCGCCGCCGAUCUCACAGAUGGCAACAGUGAACACAUGAAGCGGGAGCACUCCCUUAUCAAGCCGUACCAGGGGGUGGGUUCUGGCUCAAUGCCUCUAUGGGAUUUCUCAGGCAGCACAAUGCUAACAAGUCAGUAUGUACGAUUGACACCAGAUGAGCGGAGUAAAGAGGGUUCUAUCUGGAACAGUAUGGGAUGUUUCUUGAAGGACUGGGAGAUGCAUGUGCAUUUCCGGAUCCAUGGGUCUGGGAAAAAAAACCUUCAUGGAGAUGGCAUUGCUCUGUGGUAUGCAAAGGAUCGCCUACAGCCAGGGCCGGUGUUUGGAAAUCAUGACAAGUUUCAUGGCUUGGCAGUCUUCAUAGACACGUAUCCUAAUGAUGAAACGACAGAGCGUGUUUUUCCCUAUAUCUCUGUUAUGGUAAACAAUGGCUCCUUGGAGUACGACCAUAGCAAAGAUGGGCGAACAGUGGAAUUAGCAGGCUGCACAGCUGAUCUCCGCAAUAAUAACCAAGACACUUUUCUAGCUGUUCGAUAUUCUCGUGGACGUCUUACGUUAAUGACUGACAUUGAGGGAAAAAAUGAGUGGAAGAAUUGUGUUGAUAUUUCGGGUGUUAGAUUGCCAACAGGAUACUAUUUUGGAGCAACUGCUGCAACUGGAGACCUGUCAGAUAAUCAUGACAUUAUUUCCAUGAAGUUGUACCAGCUCAUGGUCGAGCACUCGCCAGAUGAUGAAAAUAUCGACUGGACAAAGAUAGAGCCCAGUGUAAGCCUGCUGAAGUCUCCAAAAGAUAAUGUGGAUGAUCCAACUGGCAACUUCCGCAGUGGCCCGCUGACCGGUUGGAAGGUGUUUCUGCUGCUUCUCGCUGCUCUCUUAGGAAUUAUUGUCUGUGCUGUGGUGGGAGCCGUUGUGUUUCAGAAACGUCAAGAAAGAAACAAGCGUUUCUAUUAACUGAACGCUCUGGCAAAAUACCCAAUGCCAAAAUGUGAACUUUUCCCCCCUCCGUGAAAUACAGAUUGUAUGAACGUUUUCUUAUGUGGGUAUUACAGAGAUAAUUUAAGUGGUAUUUUCAUACUUUACAUUUAUGGAAAUAAAUGCCAUCGGAAGGUGGGUGGGAGAGGAACAAUCACUUUUUAAAGUCCGUACUUUUUUUUUCUUUUUUUUUUUUUUUCUUUUGGGGAAGAUCUGAUUCGUUUGAUUUAUUUUUUUAAUAUAACUGUCUGACUUGACUGGAGUGUGCAUUAAGUAUAUUAUUUUUGGGAAGAGAAGUGGCUGCAUAGAUUUAUUAUUUUUUGUAAUUUUAUUUUUUUUUUUUAGAUUAUAUGCAACCUCUAAAAAAAAAAAAAAAAAACUUGCUCUAGAGCUGCUUGGUGAUACAUUUUUUUUAUGUCUCCUGAUAUGUUGCACAGUCAGUGGCUCAAUCCUGUGGAUUGGAAUUGCUGCUCCAUGCAAGAAGUGUCAGGUCAUAAAUCUCUCCUCAUAGUUUGAUUUCUGUAUCCUCUCAGUAUCUUGCUGACAUCAAAUGUUUACAUGAAGAAAGAACUUGAUCUGCACUACAUAUCUUGUAAAUCCAAGGGAAUGAUUUUCUGCUGCUGCGUUCGUCAGGAAUGUGGAGCUGUUUCCUGUAACUCUGUGGGAUGUUUGGCGCUAAUCAAAGUAAACACCCAUUAAAGAAGAAAAUAAAAGCUGUGUUGGCUUAUUAAAUGUAUUAAAGGGGUAUCCUGGCUUCAGAAAAUGUUACUUUAA